GGCACUAUUUGCAACCAGAUUUCGCUGGGGCGCUUUGAUGCCGAAUGGCGGCCGAUUGUGUUGAGGCUGCAGAAAGGGAUGGUCGCAAGUCUUUACAGGCGGUGGCUGUCUUGCAGGAGGAGAACUACAGGCUGCGGAUACGCACCCUGCAGAAGAUGCGGCGCGGGCAUUUGGCCACUCUGGGCCGCGGCUGCUGCGCCGCCUGGCACGCCAUCUGCCAAGAGCAGCUCCAGGCCAAAGCGCUGGCUGCUCAACGGCAACGAAUAUUGCGGCAUGCCGUGGAACUUGUGUGCUGCAGCAGACCGAGCACCGACCAAGCUCUCCUGAAGGCCGCCUUCCUGGAAUGGUGGGGUUUGCUCCCGAGCCUUGCCAUGCUGCGGUGCAUGCAGCAGGAGUUGGAGCUCCACCGAGCAGGGAGGGCUCAGCUGGUGCGGCAGUACUCGGAGCUCAAGGAGCAAUUGGAGAGAAGAGCCUUGAGGUGACAUUUCACGUUCCCGAGCCAUCGAGCCGGGGCCGUUUGCAUUGGCCGAGCAUCGCAGAAAGCCGGAGUCAUGUGGGUGCUAG